GCGGAUAUUUACCAUAGAGUCGAUCUGCCUGGCGAGGGGAAUCAGCUGCUUGGUGAUUGCGGUGUUGGACUGGUCUCACCAUGAUUGAGGUGGUCUGCAAUGACCGUUUGGGGAAGAAGGUGCGAGUGAAGUGCAACAACGACGACACCAUCAAAGACCUGAAGAAACUGAUCGCGGCUCAGACCGGCACGCGGUGGGACAAGAUCGUGCUGAAGAAAUGGUACACAAUAUUUAAGGACCACGUGACGCUCGCUGACUAUGAAAUCCACGAUGGAAUGAACCUGGAAUUGUACUACCAGUAGCUCCUCCCACCUCCUGCGAUGG